UAUUGUAUCCCAAAAUGGCUGAUAUGGCUGUCGUGACACCUUUUGUUGUCGAGGACUGUAUGCCCACGAAGUGGUCACUCGCUCUCGAGUAGCCAUCCAUUCACUACCAUAUCGUCUCUGAGUGAGUGGACAGUCGACUCACUGCGAGUGCAAUCACUGCCGCAUAGAUUGCGAGUCAUAUACGAGUGGUGUUUGAGUUGUUGUCAUUAGGAGUGACCCGAAAGACAUUGAACUGAUCCACAGGUCAUACGAGUAAUGCAUUCACUGAUGAGUGUUGAGUCCAAACAGACAGUGGUGUCACUAUUGGUUGCAUUUUGGGUGAAUUAGUGCACAAUUAGUCGCUUGUAUUUGCAGUGAUUGUCACACAUUAGGAGCGAUGGGGUUAACGGACAACAGCUCUACGAAUGCCCCGAGAAUUAUGGUCUUCAGGCCGAAGAUCGAUGAGAUGAAGGACUUCUCCAAAUACCUCGAGUAUAUGGAGAGUCAGGGCGCCUACAAAGCAGGUCUCGCAAAGAUCAUUCCUCCGCCGGAAUGGAAGCCCCGGAAGAAUGGUUACGAUGACAUCGAUUUGACGAUAAAGGCGCCGAUACAGCAGGUCGUACAGGGAGGACAGGGACUCUACCAGCAGUACAACAUCCAGAAGAAGGCGAUGCACAUCAAGGACUUCGCAAAAAUGGCCACUUCUGCCAAAUACAAGACCCCAACGUAUUUCGAUUACGAAGACUUGGAGCGCAAGUACUGGAAGAAUGUCACCUUUUGUCCGGCUAUAUAUGGCGCCGACGUUUCCGGAACUCUCACUGACGAGGACUGCGAAGAGUUCAACAUAAAUAAUCUGAACACUUGUCUCGAUAUGAUUAACGAAAGUUAUGGCAUUAAGAUAAUGGGUGUGAACACGGCUUACCUCUACUUCGGGAUGUGGAAGUCCACGUUCGCGUGGCAUACGGAGGAUAUGGACCUGUAUUCCAUCAAUUAUCUCCAUUUCGGUGCUCCCAAGUCCUGGUAUUGCAUACCUCCAGAACACGGCAAACGACUCGAACGACUGGCCAAUGGAUUCUUCCCCAACAGUUGCAAACAGUGUCCGGCAUUUCUUCGCCACAAAAUGACUCUAAUCUCGCCUCAAGUGCUGAAGAAGUAUUCGAUACCAUUCAGUAAGAUUACUCAAGAGGAGGGAGAGUUUAUGAUUACGUUUCCCUAUUCAUAUCACGCGGGAUAUAACCAUGGAUACAACUGCGCCGAGUCCACCAACUUUGCACUCCCGCGUUGGGUCGAGUUUGGCAAACGCGCCGUACGGUGUCUCUGCCGAUCGGAUUCGGUUCAGAUCAAUAUGGAAGCAUUCGUGAGGAAGUUCCAGCCGGACAGGUAUGACAUGUGGCUGCACGGGAAGGACAUCGGACCCGACCCUAAAGAUCCGAGUCAUGUAUGCGCCGCACCCGCGCCCUCCCAUUACGAAAGGGAUAUUAUGUCCAAAUUUAAUAAACACAAACGCCAUCCGCCGCACAAAAAGGACUUCUCCUCUGAUACUGAAGAGUAUAAUAGUGAUGAUUGUGACGAUGAAUGUGGGCCUCAAUGGACUCCUCCGACAAAAGCCGCCCGAAAGAUGUUCGAGAAUUCCGAUGAAUCAGAUCUCAUGAAUGGUUUAAUAUCAGCGCCGAGUAUAUCAUCGAUCAGUGCAGACACCAUCUCUUCGAUGCCUAAACCGCCGACUAUUUCCGAAACCAUUCAUCGAUUGCAUCAGAAUCUCAACUCUUCUUCGGAUAAGCAAAAGGAAAAGAAACGCAAAAAGAGAGCAAAUGAGUCGUCAGUUCCGCCGCACCUUCUGAACCAUUCGUAUGCAAAACUCAAUGACCAGAAGUCUCGUGUCUCGUCCUGCACUCAACCAAACUCUCAAACUAGUUGUGAAUAUUUCGCACACUUUUCACUCAACGACUCCAACAUUUCAGACAUGGAAUUGAUUAAAUCGCAAGAAGUAAACCAUACCUCAAGCCCCCACUCAACUCACUUUCUGAGUGCUAACUGUUCGUCAACAUCCACUCAGUCGACACCCCAUUCGCAGUCCUCUCUCAACACUGAUUGCAUGUUUAGUCCAGUCCUCGAGAAUCCAUUAAAUAGUGAACUGAAAGCCAACCAAAUGAAUGAAUCGGAAGAGCAAUACGUGAUGAGACCAAUGGUAUCGCAACCGCCGCAUAUCAUACCAUACUAUGAAUAUUCUGCUGACAAUAUAAACCUCUCUUCACAGCCACCUCUACUUACAGCUCAUGAGUUGGGACAGCCUUUUGGCCAUAAUAUGAAUGACAUUAUGAUUGACACAAAGGAUGAGAGUGUCAAUGGAUUGAGCAAUAGUUUGAGAGUAAUGGUUGAGGCGAGCACUUCGACCGACGACCUCGACGUUGUCAACAGCUUAAGUGAUUCGUUGAGCCCUUCAGUGCAUCCUAACGGUGCAAAUAACAAUUUGACGGUUUUAGAAGAGAUCACAAAGAAGACAUUACAAUACACACCAUUAAGUUGUGGUCCGUCUCCCCAGGGUUUCUCAGACGAGAUUUGGUUCAACACCUGUAUGUCAACCAUAGGCGCCCACUGCGCCGUUUGCAAUCUACUCAAGCCUUACCAACUCAUGCCAAGUGUCCGCUUAUCGGAGUUGGAGUCGUGGUCUCCGCCAAAGUCGAGUCCAAUCCUCAUUCCAAGCGUUGCAUUCACUUCCAAAGUCAAGGACGAGAACACUCUCCUUGACUCCAGAGAUACCUCACCUUUGAUUGUCUGCAUGGACUGCAGAGUAUGUGUUCACUCAGUGUGUUAUGGCGUUUCAAAUCUGUUAUUCGAUGGAUCGGAACGGAACUGGAGGUGUGACAGGUGUGCCAACAGACAGUAUUUUGCAUUUUGCAGUCUCUGUCCACUAAGAGGUGGUCCACUGAAGGAGACGACAGAGAUGGACGAAAGCGGUGACAAGCAAUGGGUGCACAUCUCCUGUGCUCUUCUCAUACCGGACGUGAAGUUUGUGAACGGAAUCGACAAAAAGCCAAUCGAUUUGUCUGAAGUGAAACCUUCGCGAAGAACUGACAAAAUGGGUUGUAUUUAUUGUCGAAAAUCCAAUCCCGACAAUAAAAUGGUCGACUAUUUCGCCGGUUAUUGUGUUCAAUGCAAGUGUUUUGCGUCGUUUCACGUGACGUGUGGGCACAGGCAUGGAGUGGUGUACGCAGCGGGUGAUUGGCCCGAACCCAUCACCAUUGCCUGCAAGAAGUGUUCAAAUGUUGCCCAAAGUAACAAAAAACAAGUAUCUGAUAGAGUGUUGUCUGAAGUUGAGACCAAUGAGACGGUGAUCGCUAAACACAAGAACAAGCGGUUCUAUAGAGCGAAAGUGGUGGACAGGUUGGAGCAGACUUUCCACCAUGUCCACUUUGUCGACAACUCAUUCACUAAACAACUCAAGAGUUGCGAUAUUUUGAACCGGGACUGCGAGAGAGACCCGCCAGACAUUGGGGAUGCGGUCGAAGUGAUCUGGAAUAAGGAGCAAUUGCACGGCAAAUACACGGGUAGUCACACGUCUCUCAUGUAUGCCAUUGUGUUCGAUGACGGCUCGCAGAUCAAAGUCAGGAGAGAGGACUUCUAUACAACCACUGAAGAACUGCCCAAACGAGUCAAAUACAAACUGUCGACGGCAACCGAUAGACAAUAUGGUGUCAGCGAAGACAGCAAUUCUCGGCAUUAGUUAUUUAUACCAAAUAUUUUACUUAUACUGUAUUUUAUCGCAAAUUUUCAAUCAAAUUCGUGUAUAUUUUCAUUUAUGAAAUCAUUGUUUCAUUGCAUAUAAGAAUCAUAAAUACAUUGUUUAAACAUAUUUACAGUACAGACGAAGUAUCUAGAGAUAAAUUUUGUUAUUUAAGACACAUUACAAGUCUAUCAUACGAUUUGAAUUUAAAAUGAAUUAAAAUUAUUGUUUCCAAUGAUAAAA